CUGGUAAAGUUGAAUAAAUGUUACAUUUUACUGUUUGUUCUCCUCUAGACUGAUUGAAUAAAAUAAAACCUUAGUCCCAUUGUGAAAGCAGCAGGACGAUACAGCCACCUUGAGAUCUUGGAGCCGGUCUCUCACGGACUCCACCAGGCAGCCGGGCAGCACAUGGAUGUUCAAGUUCCUGCCUGUAUCUGGGUUCGUUCCUGCUCAUGAUGGGUGUAGUUCUGAGGAACCUGCAGAAGGUGGUUCGACUGAGGAGAGCCAGGCUGCGCAGAGACGUGGAGACGCUCACACACAUCCUGGGGGUGCAGAGGUUUGAUCUGGGGAUCGUGUGUGUGGAUAACCGCAAAAUACAGAACAUCAACAACACGUACAGGAAGAAGAACAUGCCCACAGAUGUGCUCUCAUUCCCUUUUUAUGAGGACCUAAGACCAGGGAAGCUUCCCUGCACCCUUCAAAGAGACGAGUACAAUCUAGGGGAUAUUUUCCUUGGCGUAGAGUUUGUGAUGCAGCAGUGUCAAGAAAGAUCCAGUGAUUUUCAUGGAACUCUUACAGUAGUUGCUGCGCAUGGGAUCUGUCACUUACUCGGGUACAGACACGAGACAGAUGAGGAGUGGGAUGAGAUGUACCAGAGGGAAAGUUACAUUCUGAGUGAAUUCAACAGGCUAACGGGGAGUCAUCUUGAGCCUCUAACGAAGAGAUGUACAGGAGACACUGGGGACGAAAUAAAAAGCAAAUAAAUAAUAAUAAUAAAAAAAAAACAUUCAUCUUUCGGCUGCUGCUUUAAUUAAACAGUUCUGUAUAAUAUUUAUUUUAAAACACAC